AUGGAGCCCCCAGGACUGAAGAAAAGAGGCGGGCGUGGACACCGCGAAGACAGACGCAGGAGAGACACGUCGAGUGAAGACGAGGAGACAAGCGCAGAGGAAGAAGGAAGAAAGAUCCGCCAACGGUUGCGGAAAUCGAAGAACAAAGCUCGCGUGCGGAGGCCUUCUGGCUCGAGGACAGCUGAGCAGGCCUCCGGAGAUCAAGAAGAAACCGAAACCGAGCACGAGAACGAAGGCGAACAGGACGAAGAGCAGUGGGCAACAAACAAAAGCGGCGAAGCGGAAGCGGUGCCUGAGCGACACGACAGAUCGGCUGCUCAGGAAAGGGAAAAGGAAGACCGGACGCCGUGGCUCCUGGUCCGCCUUUCACGCCUGGUGGCUCGGCCUUCCGUUCUCUUGGGGGUUCAGGAUGCCCUCGAUGCUCAGCUGGCGGCUCUCUACGAGCUGCGCUGUGCGCGCCUAGAAGCCGAGAUCGCUCGACGGCAGCCCCCAGAAGGCGCGGAUAGCGCCGAGGGAGCGGAGGUAGACAGCCAGAAGAGAAAAGAACCGAUCGUCGCCCAAAAAGGAGACGCGUCGCGCCCACAGCCCUCCACGGCGAACCCACGCGCCGCCUCCCAGUACACCCGACAGCUCGUAGAUCGGUCCUCGGGCGCCUGCCGCCCCUGCGCUCCGUCCGCGUUUCAGUCGGGCCGCGAAAACCAGGAGGGGAAAGCCAGGACCACCGCAUGGUCCACGAGGCGCGGCGACGUCGCGUCUCUCUGCGUCUCGCCCGGAUUCAGUUUUUCGUUCAAUCCCGCCGACCUCCCCUGGAACUGGUGCCUCUCGCGGAGUCCCUGGGAUUUCUCUGAGCUUUCCGAUGAAGCCCUCUAUUACCUGCACGAUGUUGCGAAGCGCGCGGCGUGGUGCCCGCCGUUUGCAGAAGCCUGGACCCUGUGCGUGCGGGCGACGCUUCAUUUCCGGGACAGUGAAUCGUCCCAGGAGUCGCCGCCUGUUCGCUUCGCGUGCUCCGUGGCGUCUCCGGGCCUUCAGGGGUGUUCGGCGCCCGUGGAGCUGCGUCACGUCCUGUUCUCGAGCGCAGCCUCAGAAGGCGACCAGACGUUUUUCGGCAGUGUUAGUUCACGUGCAACGGGCGCCAAGGAAGCUAGCGCGCUCCAAAAGGCCAAGGAUCUGAUGGCCUGGCGCGGCGUCCGAGGCGAGUCAGGCGGAAUGCACUUUGCCCGGGGAUGCGCAGGUUUGGAAGCGAACGCGGGAGGAAGCGUGUACGAAAGCGCCAUAGCGAUUCCAGGGAUGCGCUCGCGCGUCCUCCGGGUGCAAGCCUCGCUCCUCGACGCGGCUGCCAACCUUCGGAGCGAGGAGCGGAAGAAGUUUAAUUUCUUGGACGCAGCAGCCGGGAAGACCGCGAGUGAGUCAGUCGAGAGCGAGGAGCAGAGCGCGAACUCCGACGAGCCGGAUCUGGCGAAAGACUCUGUGGAUGCUCCAGUGCCCGUCCCCUGUUCCUUCGGCCCUCUGUUACUCCGGCCCACGGAGACAGUGCCAGAGUGGCGACGUCGACACAUUCCCUCGGACGAGCGGGGGAAAACCCCCUCGGGGGAGUCGCCUGUGAGCCGACCUCGCCGCCAGGAGUUCAGCUGGAUAGCUGAGUUUCCCAAGCCUCCAGGGAAAGAACUCGUUCUCGUCCUGAACGUGUACGCGUCCUGCGUCGCGAGGCUGCCGUCGGCGCGGGAAGGCGAGUGCGUGCCGAAGCCCGUUCAUGUCGCGUGCACGGUGAUUCCCUUCGGGAACAGAACCGUUUGCGACAGACAGAUGGUUCCCUUUUGCGAACCCCUCAGAGUGCCUUUCUCGCUUCCCGUCUUUUUGAAUGUCAGGAGGCUCCAGUUUGUGCGCUGCGUCGCCGCCGGCGCGUGGUUCAGAAUUUCCGAGGCCAUAUGCGAGGGCGGCCAGCGGCCACGUAAAAAAGCCGAGAGCGAAGAAGGCUGCGACGCGCCGGCUGCAGGCGACGCGCACUGCGACGGGGGUUUUUUGGGGGGAGUCUGGGCGUCAGGGCGGGGGCGGGCGCCGCAGUUCAGCGUCGACGGCGCGGCCACGCCCGCGCGGAUCGGAGACGAAGCCUCCCCAGAACGCGAGAGAAAAGAAACCGAGCCCAAGCCGGCGGUGGACCUGGAGAAACGCGAGUCCUCAGGGGAUCUGUGGCGGUAUGAAAGCGGCGGGGGCGACGGCGAGUUGCCCUUCAACACCGACGACGCAGAGGAGGUGCCGAGCCCCCACUUUGUCGAUCCCGCGCAGACGGCGAAAAGGGACAAGAAGACGGAGCGCAAGCGCCGCCGCCGGAGAGACGCGCAGCUCCGGAAACUCCUGAAAAAGAAGCUCGGGGACGCGGCUCUUUCCCUUUUUGGGAGCACGGACGCGUCGUCCUCGGAAGACGAGGACAGGUCGUGGGACUCAUGUGACCUCGGGCCCCGAAGGCGCCGCGGGCGCGGGCGUCCCGAUUGGGGUUCGUCGCGGUCCUUGUCGGACGCGCUUUUCGACGGGAGUGACUCUGAGUCUUCUUCGCCCCCGUGGAGUCCAGACGGCGGGCGUCGAAGAGAAAGUCGCAACGUGCCCAGAGGCGGCCGCAGACCGAGACAAGGGAGCACGCGAAACUGCAGGCUGACGGAAGGAAGGGUGCGGGAAACAAGAGAAAUCGAGGAACCUACGGACGUCGAGGAACCCGCCGAACUCGACGGUCCAGCCGAGAAGACGCCAGGGAGCGAAGAGACGCCCUUCGCCGACGGCAGUGCAACGCCUCCCCCGCACGGCUCCCAGCGUGAGAUAUGGCAGCCCGAGGUCUCGCCACUGCUGGCCCAACAAGAGGAAGAGAGAAUGAGAGAAGACGAACGGCGGCGCCAACCUCUGGUUCUGUGUGUGGAGAGUUAUCUGGAUGAAAACGGCCAGUUCGUUUUCAACAGAAGGGAGCAAGGGAGAGAGGCGGCUGCGAGGCAGGGACUGGGAGGCUCCAGCGCGGUUGCUCGACGGGAGGGACGACCGCCAGAGACUCGGGAAGCUCUGCGCGCGACUGCUACCGCCGUAGGCUUGCAAGAUGAGAAUUUCACACGGUUCGCACUAGGCCAAGAAGAGAAACAGCCGAGACUCCUCCGCCCCGAAAGGAUGCCGCCAGGGUAUGACACAGCAGAGACAAACAUCUGCAUGCGUCUCGACAAGCUAGCUCGCGUCCACGGGUGGACAGAGCAGGGAGAGCGCGGCGCAGGCGCGCGGGUGCGGGCGCGGGCGGCACAGAGCGCCGGGAGAGAGAAGAGACUGGCGCCACUUGGAGAAAACGAGGGGCGAGCGCAGCCGCAAGGUCGGACCCACUUCGGUCUGUCAUCGAGUUUGCCUCUGUUGGAAGUCGAGUGGAAGGGGAUGCGCAGAAGCGUGGCCUCCGACGGGGAGAGCGGCUUCGGCUGUGGCGCCUCCGGAGGCGACCGAGACGGCGAAGGGCGGGAGGUGGACCGAAACCGCUUCCUCGCGCCUCUCUACCUCGAAGCUCACUCGUGGCAGAGCCAGCAAAGACUGUUGGAGGUUCUCGAAGAGACGCAGGCGAAGGUAACUCAGUUGAGUCAAGCUCCGCGUAGCCGCCUGGAUCGGACUUCAGUUUCCCUCAGACUGCGCGGAGCGGAGCGAGAGGCGAAAAAACCCGAGAAAGGCGACAGUGACAACAUGCGUGAGGAACUGAGAAAGGUUCAAGUGCGCAUGCGCAGGCACAAACCGAGCCUCCCGCCCCCUCGUCAGUUGCACGCUUCUCUCCGAGCGAAACUUCGCCAAGACAGUGUUCUGGUGGUGCAUGCCACAGCGCCUCUCUCCCCCUCGUAA